AUGGCACUGAGAGGCGGCGCAGAGGGGGCGACAGCGGCCGCCUCCCUGCGCUCAGAGGAGCCGUCAAAGUCCUCCAGGCAGACGGGGCAGGAGGCGGCCGGGAACUGCCUCCGCAUUGGCAUCGUGCUUUCCGGAGGCCAAGCGGCAGGUGGUCACAAUGUGAUUGGGGGCCUGCUGGACUACCUGUCGGAGCGCCACCCUGGCAGCCAGCUCAUCGGAUUCAAGGAUGGCCCUGGCGGCAUCCUCAAGAAGUCGCGCAUGGACAUCACCGAGGACAUCAUGGCGGAGUUCCGCAACACAGGUGGUUUCCAUCUGAUUGGCAGCGGCCGCGACAAGAUCGAGAGCAAGGAGCAUCUUGCGGUGGCCGCACAGGUUGUGAAGGACCUUGAUGUGGAUGGCCUGAUUGUCUGCGGUGGCGAUGACUCGAACACCAAUGCAGCCGUUCUGGCCGAGGAGUUUGCAUCCAGGGGGUUGAAGACCUGCGUCAUUGGCGUGCCCAAGACCAUCGAUGGGGAUUUGAAGAACAGCCAGGUCGCCACAUCCUUCGGCUUCGACACCGCCUGCAAGGUCUACGCUGAGCAGAUUGGCAAUUUGAUGAUGGAUGCGCUGUCGGCGAAGAAGUACUACCACUUUGUGCGGCUGAUGGGCCGUGCGGCGAGCCACAUAACGCUGGAGUGCGCGCUGCAGACCCACCCCCAGGCCGCCAUCAUCUGCGAGGAGGUGCACCAGCAGAACAAAACGCUGGCAGACAUCGUGGACGAGAUUGCAGACAUUGUGGCUGGCCGAGCGGAGGAAGGAAAGAACUACGGCAUCGUCCUGAUCCCUGAGGGCCUCAUUGAGCACGUACCACAGAUCGGCGCUCUGAUCUCAGAACUGAACGAGCUGUUGGCGGAUGUCACAACGGACGUGCAGAUCCAUGACGCCGUGAUGACUCGCCUGUCCCCUGCCAACCUGGCGGUCUUUGAGUUCCUGCCCGCAUCCACACGCCAGCAGCUUCUGCUGGACCGCGACCCCCAUGGUAAUGUGCAGGUGUCGCGCAUCGAAACGGAGCAGCUGCUGCUGCAGCUGGUGGAUGUGGAGCUUGAGAAGCGCAGGAAGGAGGGCAAAUUUGCCGGCAAAUUUGCCGGCAUCACGCACUACUUUGGCUACGAGGGCCGCUGCUCCUUCCCCACCAACUUUGACGCCGCGUACUGUUCGACUCUGGGCUACGUGGCUGGUGCACUCGUGGCAGGGGGAAAGACCGGCCUCAUGGCCACAGCCAGCAGCCUGGACAAGCCCUGCGCUGACUGGACCGUCGGCGGAUACCCGCUCAUCGACAUGAUGUGCAUCGAGCGGCGGCGCGGCAAGGACAAACCGGUCAUUAAGAAGGCGCUGGUUGAGCUGGAGGGGCCUGUCUUCAAGGCAUUCCAGCAGAUGCGCAGGAAAUGGGCUCAGGGAGACUGCUUCAGGAGCCCGGGACCCAUUCAAUUCAGUGGGCCUAACGCGGAUGCUGCCAACUUCACUCUUGCGCUGGAAUUGGGCACUACCAAGCAAAUCAAUAUUGCUUGA